AGAGAGCAAGUAGUGUAGUGUAGAAUUGGGCCAAAGUUCGCUUAUCUGAAACUGAAAGAAAGCUACGAAGACUUGCAGGUUGCAAACUAAGCAAAGGAGGAUGUUUCAGUCAUUUUCUGUGUCUCCCAUCCUCUCGCUGAAGCUGGCCUUCGCCGUCGCCUUCGCCGUCUCCUUCUCCGUCUCCUGCUGCGCCGCGCCUCCCUCGCCGCGGGCCGUAGCCGCCGACCUCCUCGCCGUGCUCGCCGGCCCGGGCGCCGCGGCGCGCGUGCCGCCGGCCGCGGAGUCGGCGCGCCUGCGCGCCUGCCUCCGGUUCCUCUCCCCGGUCCUCCCCCUCCCCGCCGCCGCAGCGAUCUCCGAGGGGAGGGCCGCCAGGAAGGUUCUUGUGGAGCGCGGCGGCGCGGACGAGGCGGAUGGGAUGGUGAUGUGGCCGCCGGCGCCGGUCAUGGAGCUCGCGCGCCUCGCCGUCGACUCCGGCGGCGACCCCGGUGCCAUCCACCGCGCGCUCGACCCCACCAUGCUCCCGGUGCCUGAUGUUCAGAGGGCGAAGAGGAACAAAUGCCAACUCACAAGAACACCAUAUGGGAGGCGUUUCGCUAACAAGGACAUCAAUUCAUACCUGGCGUUUUUGUUCGAAUUGAUUGCGGCACGAGGACCAUCAGUGGGGUUAAAUGUAUCACUUAGUCGAUACGAUUUCUUCCACGGACACCUCUUCCUUGCUUCUGGGACAGGAAGGCUUGGAAUUCUAUUCCAUGCUAAAGAAUAUCCAGCAUUUGAUAAGGAAUUGUUCCCUUACAGUUUGGGAUUUUGUCAGGCAGGAUCUAAUGUAGUGUACGAUGAUUCUAUGAAUUUACGCAACAUCCUUUGGUUAGCACCAUUGCCAUCUAAUGAAACAAAAGCUUGGCUAUCACCAGGUGUUUUAGUUGUCCUGGAUGCACAUCCUGAUGGGAUUAUCUAUCAGGAUAUGAUACGUGAUUAUGUUCGGGAUGUACGGACAAUAUAUGAAGAUGAUUUUGGAGAGGUUUCCGUUGAUGUCAACUAUCUGAAUGUUGCCAACUCCGCUCCUGCGAAUAGAGUUUUCAUUUGCUGAAAUUUAACCAGACAAUUAGCUAUCUUCCCCGGGUGUGAUUUUAUCAUUGUGGGAAGUAGACACCAUGUAUCAUUCUUCAAGUCAUAUAGCCAGGAAAGCAAUGGUUUGCUUAGCAAAUUUGCCUCUUGACGGCAUUUGCAUCCUCUGUGAUGUUUAGGUGUUUAUUUGAUUUUCUGGAGGAUGCUUAUUUUGAGAGAGAACGAAGCAACUUAUAUGGGCCGCACGCAGGCCGCAAUCC